AUGAGCGGGUCCAAACCGGACAUCCUUUGGGCUCCCCACCACGUGGACAGGUUUGUGGUCUGUGAUUCCGAGCUCAGCCUCUACCACAUCGAGUCAGCAGCCAGCACCAGCUCUGAACUCAAAGCUGGAUCCUUGAGACUGUCCGAAGAAACCACGGCAACCUUGCUAGCUAUCAACUCUGACACCCCAUACAUGAAAUGUGUGGCAUGGUACCCAAAAUAUGACCCGGAAUGCCUCCUGGCAGUUGGUCAGGCUAAUGGCAGAGUUGUCCUUACCAGUCUAGGCCAAGACCACAAUUCUAAGUGUAAGGAGUUGAUGGGGAAAGAGUUUGUCCCUAAGCAUGCUCGGCAAUGCAAUACUUUGGCUUGGAAUCCUGUGGACAGUAACUGGCUGGCCGCCGGUUUGGACAAACACAGAGCUGACUUCUCCGUCUUGAUUUGGGAUAUAAGCAGCAAGUACACGCCUGACGUAGCCGUCCCUAUGGAGAAAGUCCGUCUUUCCUCCACCGAUGGUGAAUCGUGUUUAGUGGUGACAAAGCCACUGUACGAACUUGGACAGAACGAUGCAUGCCUCUCCCUUUGCUGGCUUCCAAGAGAACAGAAGCUCCUGCUGGCCGGCAUGCAUCGCAACCUGGCUAUUUUUGACCUCCGAAACACAAACCAGAAAAUGUUUGUCAACACCAAAGCCGUCCAGGGGGUGACGGUAGACCCACACUUCCAUGACAGGGUGGCAUCCUUCUUUGAAGGGCAAGUGGCAAUCUGGGACCUUAGAAAAUUUGAAAAGCCAGUGUUGACCCUUACAGACAACCAAAGCCGCUAAGCAAGGUGGCCUGGUGUCCAACAAGGACGGGCUUACUCGCCACGUUAACCCGGGACAGUAAUGUAAUCAGACUCUAUGACAUGCAGCACACGCCCACACCUAUCGGUGAUGAAACCGAACCCACCAUUAUAGAAAGGAGCGUACAACCUUGUGAUCACUACAUCGCUUCAUUUGCCUGGCACCCAACCAGUCAGAACCGCAUGGUGGUGGUCACUCCCAACAGGACGAUGACUGAUUUUACUGUUUUUGAGCGUAUUUCGCUGGACUGGAGUCCUACUACCUCCUUGAUGUGGGCCUGCAGUAGGCAGCUAUACGAAUGUACAGAAGAAGGGAAGGACAGCUCUGUAGACAGAGACAUAGCCACAAAAAUGCGCCUAAGAGCUUUAUCAAGGUACGGAUUGGACACAGAGCAAGUCUGGAGAAAUCACUUACUGGCGGGAAAUGAAGACCCUCAGCUAAAGUCUCUUUGGUACACUUUGCACUUUAUGAAGCAGUAUGCAGAAGACAUAGAUCAGAAAUCUUCAAGCAACAAAGGAUCAUUGGUCUUCGCUGGUAUUAAAACCAUUGUGAAGUCAUCAGUUGGAAUAGCGGAGAGCGUCCGGAGCAGCUGGAGUGGCUCUGAUCGGCAAGCGGACAUCGUACAUUACGUCAGCGAAGAACGCGGCCUGGCUCUGCAGCUGUGCGGCUGGAGGAAGAAGGGUGCAGACUCCAACAUUGGCCCUUUCCUGACCUCCUUAGAACAGGAAGAAGAAUGGGAAAGGGCAGCUGCUAUUGCCUUGUUUAACCUGGAUAUCCGACGUGCCAUACAGAUACUGAAUAAAGGGGCAACCUCGGGGAAGGGUGACCUGAACCUGAACGUGGUGGCGAUGGCGUUGUCCGGCUACACAGAUGAGAAGAAUUCGCUAUGGCGUGAGAUGUGUAGCUCUCUUCGGGUGCAGCUCAGGAACCCAUACCUGGCAGUUAUGUUUGCAUUUCUCACCAGUGAUCCUGGCUGCUACGACACUGUUCUGUUUGAGUGCACCAUGGCAGUCAGGGAUCGGGUGGCCUUUGCUUGUUUGUUCCUAAAUGACACUCAGUUAAUGAAAUACAUUGAUAAGUUGACUCAGGAUAUGAAGGAUACGGGAAACCUGGAAGGGAUUGUGUUGACUGGAUUAACAAAGGACGGAGUGGACUUGAUGGAAAGUUAUGUUGAUAGAACGGGUGAUGUACAGACUGCCAGUUACUGUAUGUUACAGGGUUCUCCUGAGGUGCUGAAAGACGAGAGAGUCCAGUACUGGAUAGAAAGCUACAGGAACCUUCUAGACGCCUGGAGGUUUUGGCAUAAGAGAGCCGAGUUUGACAUCCAUCGCAGCAAACUGGAUCCCAGCUCAAAGCCUUUAGCACAGGUAUUUGUGAGCUGUAACUUCUGCGGAAAGUCCAUCUCUUAUAGCUGCUCCUCAGUCCCCCACCAGGGCCGAGGGCUCAGCCAGUAUGGAGUCAGCGGGUCACCCACCAAAUCCAAGUUCACCAGCUGCCCCGGGUGCCGCAAGCCUCUCCCCCCCGCUGUGCUUUGUGCCCUUAUAAACAUGGGGAAUCCAGUGUCCAGCAGCCCAGGAGUGUCUAAGUCUGAUGAGAAGGUAGACCUCAGCAAGGAGAAGAAAGUUGCGCAGUUCAAUAACUGGUUCACCUGGUGUCACAACUGUCGGCAUGGUGGCCACGCUGGCCACAUGAUGAGCUGGUUCAGGGAUCACACUGAGUGCCCGGUGUCGGCGUGUUCCUGUAAGUGUAUGCAGCUGGAUACGACGGGGAAUCUGGUACCUGCAGAGACUGUGCAACCAUAA